AGUAGCCGGUGCUGCAGUUCUCAGUGCGCAGGCUGAGCGCGCGGUGUGGAGCAGACAUGAAUCCGCGCGCACCGAGCACGAGCUCUGCACCGUCCGGAGGUUCAUAAAGGCGCGCGAGCGUGUGUGUGUGUGUGUGUGUGUGUGUAGGUUUUCUGCAUUUUCUUGUUGUUCGGUUGUUUUUCCCCCGCGGGUGUCGCGAGCAUGGCGGAGCGGAGCGGGCGCGUGAGUUUCCCCGGGAGCGGCGGCGCGCUCAACACCCCCCCGCUGCCCAUGAACCUGUUCGCCACCUGGGAGAUCGACGGGAGCUCCGCCAGCUGUGUGCCCAGGUUGUGCAGUCUGACCCUGAAGAAGUUGGUGGUGAUGAGGGAGUUGGAUAAAGAGCUCAUCUCUGUCGUCAUCGCCGUCAAAAUCCAGGGCUCAAAGCGGAUCCUGCGCUCGCAUGAGAUCAUGCUGCCCCCUACAGGCACUGUGGAGACUGACCUGGCCCUCACCUUCUCUCUGCAGUAUCCUCACUUCCUGAAGCGAGAAGGGAAUAAGCUUCAGAUUCUGCUACAGAGGAGGAAGCGUUAUAAGAACCGCACCAUUCUGGGCUACAAGACUCUCGCCGUCGGAUCCGUCAACAUGGCCGAGGUGAUGCAGCACCCUGCAGAUGGAGGACAGGUUCUGUCUCUGUGCAGUAAUCAGAAGGAGCUGAUGGGGAAAGUGGCUGAAAUCUGGAUUUAUUCCCUCUGUAGCCAACCGAUAGACCAUGAGGAGGCAGGGCUAAUGAAGAUCAAACGCUCUGAGAAUUACUCAGAGGAGGAGUACGAGAGUUUCUCUUCUGAGCAAGAGGCAAGUGAUGAUGCUGCACAUGCCCAGGAUCUUGAGGAUGAUGAGUUUGAUGUGAGGAAGUCUAAAAAGCAGCGACGCUCAAUUGUGAGGACGACAUCUAUUACAAGGCAGCAGAACUUUAAACAGCGAGUCGUCGCUCUGCUCAGGCGCUUCCGUGUCUCUGAUGAGGUGUUAGACUCGGAGCAGGACCCCGCGGAGCCGCCACCGGAAGUGGAGGAGGAUCUGGAGAGUUUGGACUUUGAGAACCCGAGUGACAGUCCGGACCUGGAGGACGACGACAGCGUACAGAGCACGCCCAAACCCCAGCUCAAGCCAUAUUUCGAGGGUGUGUCCCUCUCCAGCUCUCAGACAGAGAUUGGCAGCCUUCACAGCCUGAGGAGUCACAAAGAACCACCCAGUCCGAUGGAUCCUGAUAAGCUGAAGGUUACAGGAGGAAAGUUCCAGAUGGAUGACAUGUCUGACGGCAUUACGUUUACCCAGCCAGAAGCCGUGACCCCGACCACAGAGUUGGAGAUGAUGGACAGCAUGGACUCAUUUUUGGAGAAGCUGCCCCCUACAGGCAGGAUGACCAAAACUGAGUCCCUCAUUAUCCAGUCUAACAGGCAGGAGGUGAAGCAGGUUCGCCGAGGGCGGAGUACGUCCCUGAAGGAGCGCCAGACGAGUCGACCGCCCAAUGAGAGAGCCAACAGCCUGGACAACGAACAUCCACUGCAUCCACACUGUCCUCUACAGAUUCCCCGUAAAACGGUUUAUGAUCAGCUGAACCACAUCCUGGUGUCUGAUGAUCAUCUUCCUGACAGCAUCAUCCUGGUCAACACUUCUGACUGGCAGGGCCAGUAUCUGUCUGAUGUCCUGCAGAAUCACACUCUCCCUGUAGUGUGUACGUUUACCACAGCUGACGUCCAGGCCGCAUUCAACACCAUCAUCUCACGCAUACAGAGAUUCUGUAACAGUAACUCCAUCACUCCGUCCCCGGUGAAAAUAGCAGUUGCAGGUGCGCAGCAUUACCUGUCCGCCGUGCUCCGCCUCUUCGUAGAUCACCUGACUCACAAGACUCCUGAUUGGCUGGGUUACCUGCGCUUCCUCAUCAUUCCACUAGGGGCCCAUCCAGUUUCUAAAUACCUGGCCAGUAUUGAUUACAGGUAUAACAACCUGUUCCAGGACUCAGCAUGGAGAGAUUUAUUCUACAAACCUGAAGCUCCAGUUAUAGUGCAGGAGAGUCCUGACGUGGUCUCCAGAGUGACUCAGUACAUGUUGGGAGCAAAUGGAGCUCAUCAGCUCCCCAUAGCGGAGGCUAUGCUAACAUACAAGCAGAAGAGGAAAAAGAGUUUUCAUUUUGAUUUUGCAGUCAGUCCAGACGAAGACUCCUGUCAAAAAUUCAUCCCUUUUAUAGGGAUGGUGAAGGUGGGGCUGGUGGAACAGAGCUCUGCUGUAUCAGGUGACUCGGAUGAUGCGGCUCCGAUAGCGUCUCUCCUCUCCUCCACUCCUCCACAGAUCUCUCCAUCUUUAAAAGAAGCAUCUCCCACUCCUCCAUCCUCUCCCUCCAUCCACUCAUCCCUCUCCAGUUCCCCUGGUGGUGGACAGGGGGAGCUGAUGGGGUUACAGGUGGAUUACUGGGUCGCGCCGUCAGAGAAAAAGAGAGAGGUGGAGAAGAGAGAUUUCGUCUCGAAAAACACGCUCAAGUGCACCUUCCGAUCACUGCAGGUUAGCCGCCUCCCACUGGGUGGGACAGAGGUGGGGCCAACCAUGUCCAUGACUGUUGUCACCAAGGAGAAGAACAAGAAAGUGAUGUUUCUGCCAAAGAAGACGAAAGAUAAAGAUGUGGAAUCAAAGAGUCAGGUGAUCGAGGGAAUCAGUCGAUUGAUCUGCACGGCCAAACAGCAGCAGACCAUGCUGAAAGUGUCUAUAGACGGCGUGGAGUGGAACGAUGUGAAGUUCUUCCAGCUCGCUGCCCAGUGGUCGUCUCAUGUCAAGCACUUCCCCCUCGCCGUCUUCGGACACUCCAAAGGACCCUACUGACCUUCGACUUUUAGUGCCAACUGCCUUCACCCUCCUGCUAAGCCCCGCCCACUCCGUCCUUUUUAACCCCCUGUGUUUUUAGGCCUAACUGGAGACUAAUGAACUGAUCAGAGGAUCGCGUGGAUGGACUAACUGGCUAACUGACUCCCGUCCCAGUGCGGAAUGAUGGGGAACCCCACCCAUGUGAUCUGUGAUGGCAGAGCGACAGAAACACCACUCUCUCACUCCACACACCUUCGACUUCUCCUCCUCUGUGUGUGUGUGUGUGUGUGUGUGUGUGUGUGUGAGAGCGCUAAGAGCCGGGCUUACUCCUCCAGUAAUAAGAAGUCACGUUAUUCGAGCCGCGCGUGUCUCUGGACUGAACCUCACCAGGUUUUAUUUGAUUCACUAUCGAUCAAAUCAUUUAAUGAAUGAAGCUCUGUUUCAUCUCAAUCAUUCGACUCACUGACUCACUUUUAAUUCUUUUAAAACGAGCCAUUUUAAACAAAUUCAGUGAUUGUUUUAUUUUACAGGGUUUUCAGUGUUUAUUCGUCUCUCUCUCUCUCUCCAUCACAACACUCUUCCAAGGUUUCAUUCUUCCUAAACUCUAUUCAGAAGGACAGAACAGUUUAUUUGAUUCAUUACCGGAGUGUUUGAGUUAACUCAACUCUAUUUGACUCUCAGUUAUGAUUCACCUAAUUUUUUUUGUUUUGUUGGGGGGGUGCGCUUAUUUUUAACUGUCUAUUAAUGUAAGCUGUGUUUGCUCUACUGCACUGUGUGUGUGUGUGUGUGUGUGUUUAUGUAUGUUAAACGGUAAAGCACUUUUCAUGUGUUAAUUUAAAAACAGUUCCUGCGAGGGCACUCAGUGUGUGUGUGUGUGUGUUAAAGCCAUAAACACUAGUGAUAAACAUUUGGUUUAAUAUUAUUUUUUUUAAUGAGCAGUGUUUAACCUGCCCACUGGAUGUGUGUAUUUAUUAAUGAUGGUGUUUCAGAUGAAGUGUGUGAGCAAACAGGAAGCUCAUAAACACACGAGCGCUUUAAUCACAGUAAAGAUGCACUAUGAUUCCUGCUGCACAGUUAUAACACCUUUAUAAAGUGUGUGUGUGUGUGUGUGUGUGUGUGUGAGGUGCGCUGUUACAGCAUCAUUACUGUCAGUAUUUCUGCUCCUUUUAAUCAUUAAAUUAUUAACGAGUUUGUUCACUUAAAUCCUCUUCUUUAGAUUUGCAGUGUGGAGAUGCGCCCCCUACUGGAAAAAAAAAUAUUACAAAAUAGCUAAGUUAGCUAACUAGAUUUCCCAGUGGAGAGGUGAAAGGUCAUAGUGUUUUAAACCUUUCAUUUAGGAAACGGUGUAGUAUCCCUCUGAACGUGUGGACAAAGUGUUUCUACUAAGAAAAGUGUGUGUGUGUGUGUGUGUGUGUGUGGUGCUUCAGGACUAUAUUGGCCCCUCAUGAAAGUUUCAUACAGAUGUGUGUGUUUCAGUUUCUAAUGAUAGAAGGACGAGCAGGACGUUUCUGAUCAGAGUUUGUAAAAAAAUAAUUAAAUAAAACACUACCACUUUCCUAACCUGGAAAUAAUAAACUACACACACACACUA